AAAAUGCAAUAGUAACAUUUGGUUCAAGCAAGUUGACCGAAAAUGGCUAAGUUUGCAGUGUUCUUCGUCGCAGCUUUGGCUUUCCAAGCCACCUUUGCCUUCCCCAAGUAUUUUGAGGAGGGAAAACUCGUAAACUACUUGGAUGAAAUCCAAACCGAAGUUAAGGAUUUGACUCUCUUCCUUCGCAACGAUUUCCCAGAAAACCACUUCGCCGUUGAGACCAUCACCUGGCAAUUCCGUCAACUUGCUUUUGUUGUUGAUGAAAUCAUCAACAAAAUUCACCAAGAAAUUUUCAUCCACGAAGUAGAAGGUCACUAUGUCUUCGAGCAAGUCACCUUCAUGCUUAGGGAAAUCCAUGCCUCCCUCAAGAAGAUGGCUCUCUUCACUGAAACGAGAGACCUUCACGAAGUUAAGAAGGACUUUAUCCUGUGCAUAGAAACCGUCUACGAAAACAUUGAGAAAUUGGUCCACCUUACUUACACCUCCUACCCCGAAUUCCGUUUCACCCUCAAGUAUCUUCUCGUCGACUUCAUGACCACCCUUCACCACAUUCGUUCUCAUUGCGAACAAUUGUUGAACACCGUCGAAGUUGAAUUCACCCCAAAACACUUGAUCACCAAGAUCCAUGACUACACUCGUGAAUGUACCGAAAUGAUCAAGGAAUUCAAUCAUCCCAUGCAAAUGAAAGUCGCCCUCCGGGGAUAUUUGAGAUACGUUCGUGAAAUCGUCUACCUCUUGGAAAAAGAAACUAUCGUAGGCGAGAAGGAGUUCGAUCUCCUUAUGCAUCACCUCACCAACAAGCUCCGUGAAAUCGUAUUCCCGCUCAUGGAACUUACCAUGACCGAAGAAAUGGUAGACAUGAAGGUAUUCAGAACCAAGUUUGUGACCUACCUCUUUGACAUUGUAGGUGUCUUCGAACAAAUGAUCCAAUAUUGCGAAACCAAGCAUAUUCCCGUCGAAAUCAAGUACUUCAUCCAAAGAAUCAUGCACAAUUAUUUGUACGCGGUGAAGAACGUCUGCUACGAAAUUAGAUUCGGUUGCAAAAUCGGAUUCUUCAUGCCCGAAUACUAUACCAUGCACUACUACGGCAAAUACGGAUACGGACUUUACGAAACCAUGUUCCGUAAGCACUUUUUGAACUACGACAUGGGAAUGCACACCCUUUUCCCAAUGCACAAAUUCUUCAUGGGCAAAUACGAAAAAAUGUACACCCCAAUGUUCGGCAACAUGCACAAUUUCGAUAUGGAAUACUACAACAAAUACGGAAUGGAAAUGUUUUCCCGCAAAUACGGAAUGAACAAAUACUUCAAGGAAUUGCCAUUCGAAUUCGAAAGCAAGACCCCCAAGGAAUUAGUUAUGCGCAUGGAAAUGCUCGUCAAGCGCGUCGUCGAACACUUCGAAUACAGAACCAUGAACGUUAACGACGAAUCCACCCUCUACUACAUUCGCGAAUUCCUCACCUGCCUCGACCUCAUCUGCCACAGAUUCGAAUCCAUCACCUACACCGACAUGAUGAUCAGAGAAUUCCUCAUGAACCUCAAGGAAAUGAAAAUGGAACUCGAAAAGAUGAUCUCCAUGCGCAUGUUCCACAACGUUCACGAAAUCAGAAUGUACUUCGUCCGCUGCAUCAAAAUGGUCGCGACCCAGCUGUACAAAAUGGUCAUGGUCGAAAAAUUCGAAACCGAGCACUUCGAUCACGAGAUGUUCAGACACAUCCUUGUUGUAUACAUGAACUUCCUUCGCAAAUUCCACGGUCGCGAAUACAUGAUGCACACCACCUUCACCACUGGCCUUAAGACCCAUAAGGAAAUGAUCAUGCGCAUGCACACUCUCACUGAAAAAUUCAUGGAAUUCUUCAAAUACGAACGUGUUGAAAUCAAACAUUGCAUUCGUAACUUCAUCGAAGUCAUCGAUUACGCCAUCAAAAAACUGCACUAUACCAUGAUGAACCAUUUCGACCGUGACGAGACCGUCGUUCGCGAAAUCUACAUGCAGUUAAAGCAACUGAGAAUGGAACCUCCUCACUUUCGAUGGCAUGGACAUGCACAAGAUGACCGUUCGCUUCGAAGAGUGCCUAAGAAUGUUCACUAUGCAAAUGGAAAAGUUGGCCGUUUUUGAACACGAACACCCAAUCUUGUUGAAGGAGAUCUGCAUGCGUUACGUCAUGUUCCUCGAGAACUUCUGCCACAAGGGAAUGGAAGUUUACCCAACCAUGCACCACGAUUUUGAAAUGAAGAGAAUGAUGCCAUUCUACUUCAGACACGAAAUGAAGUAUUAAUUUUGUAACCAAAUGUAACAUAUUAAAUUUAUUAAAAUUUUG